UGCUCCGUAAUAUCCUGCUCUGAGUUCUGGUUUCAGAUCCUAGCAGAUUAUCCAGUAUAUCCUAUAUACACUGCUGCAGUUCUACACCCAACCCAGAGCAACACCCAGAGACACGUCCUACACCGUCAAACACACACUUCAGACACUCAGCUAGAUUUCAAAUUUGAAAAGAAGACAACGAUGUCUGGACUAGAGAAAUGGGAAGAUCUAAUGUGGGACAGGGUUCCUCAUCUAGUAAAAUAUACCAGAACCUCGUUGGACUGGGUUGAUAGUUACGUAAAACUAACCUUUGGACUUCAAAAACUUCACAAGGAUUACUCCAAAGGUUUGAUGAAACUAGUGAAAUUACAACGAGACAAGGGUGUGGACGGGAGAAGUAUGGGUAAAUGCUGGGUAGGUGUUAUCGGACAUCUUGGUACAGUCUCAGAGAAACAUAAACAACUAGCAACGGUUUUAGGUGAUGUAGGACGGAAAUAUCAAGAUGAAGCUGAGUUGCUGUUAGAAGAGCAAAAACAACUGGAGCAGACUAGUAGGAGAAAACAAACUGAACUGGAUUCCUCUAUUCUACUGCUGGAAAAAUCUAAGGAGAAGUUUUUUCGUCGUCAAAUUGAUGCUGAAAGAUCAGACGAUGCCCUUCUCAGGAGUGACGAGGAUGAUAGAAUGCCUAAAGAAGAAUUGGAUAAACUACGGGAUCUAGCAGAUGAGAAGAAAACUAAAUAUAACAAAGCCAGGGAGGAAUAUAUCUCCCAGCUGAAAACUACAAACUCCCUCCAGAGAGAUUUCUAUGAGGACACUUGGCCUAAUAUUAUCUCAGGUAUGAGGGGGGUAGCGGAGAGGAGUGUAGAGUGUAUUAUCUCAUUAUUAAGAAGAUUGGAUCUACUUGCACAAGAGGAGUGGGGAGACUUUGGAAUAAUUGCUGAAGAAAUGGAGGCCGGGAUCGAAGACGACUUUGAGAAUUUUCUCCACUGGGUAAAAUCCGGAAAUCAACAUCCACAAGAUUUCUGCUUUGAGGAUUCUUUUAAACCAGGUGCUUAAUUUUAGCUUUAAUGU